AUGGGUUGCAGGGAAGGAUUGCGGCUCAUGCAGUCUACUGUGCCCGUCUCGGGCCGACGGUUCUUCCAUACCAACGCAUCGGCGAUCCACUCGGAACAUUCAGUGAUCGAGGAUUUGUAUGUAUCUGCUGGCACCAAAUCGGGCAAUGGUGCUUGGAUUGAAAGCUUCAAUCGUCGAUAUCCUGCAGUUUUUCGCUUGGGCCUGCUCACUCUGCCCCCCAAACCUCGUAGACUCCCCCCGUCAGCAUAUGAUAUGUAUGCAUCGGCUCAGGGUAAGAAUGCGGAUGGUGCAUCGCCGCAUGCAUUGGUCUGCAUGCUGGAUGGACAAGGUCUUGAGAACCCUUCUUUAUCGCUUACUGUUCUGGUAUCUGGGAAGCCUAGAAUCCGUUUGAAUGAACGAAAUCGGGCCAGACUAGGUCGCCGAAUACAAACGAACAUUUGCGAGAUGUAUUCCUGGGGCGCAAAUCUAGGCUGCUCUCGGAAAGAUAAAUUCACACGACCAUUGCAUGUGGCAUAUUCAGCGCGUGCCAAGAUGGGCGACUUCCGAUACUGGUUGGUACACCUCGUCCGGACAAGGUUCUGA